AUGGAGUUGAAUCAUCUCGAUCUCCGGGUGGUCAACUUUGUGCUCGGCUUAGUCUGGCUCAUUACUUUCCGAUACCUUCAACAGACUACCUACUACGACCCGUCCUCAUUCUUCUUCCGCUGGGAUGCCGCGUAUCAGCCACUUUACUCUGCGGUAAGAGAGCAGGAAGCCGAUGCGUUCCUCGCCUCAAGCCAGUCGCAAAAGAGCAGGCUGUUGAAAGAGUCGGAGAAGAGUCUUGUUCAUGCCGCGCCUUACUGUAUCGGCAUCCCAACUCUCCAAAGAGAGCGCGCGCAAUUUUUCGCCAAAACAGCAGCGUCCCUCGUCGAUACCCUGACAGCCGAAGAGCGAGAUUCAAUACACAUUGUUGUUCUUUUGUCCGACAACGAUGCGACAGCGAAUUCAGCAUUUGGACAGCAUUGGCUUCACGCAAUCGCCGACACCGUUGUGGUUCAUGAGGAUACGCCCAAGGACCUAGUGGCGGAAAAUGGCUACCAGACGAUCCCGCGACAUCCCGAAUUUGCGGCCAGAGACGAACGAGUACGACGCGACUACUCUGUACUUUCUGAAACAUGUCGCCAAAAUGACGCCGAAUACUUUAUCCUAGUCGAAGAUGACGUUAUUGCCGCGAGAGACUGGUUCCAGCGACUUCAAGACGCAGCACCGCAAGUAAACGAGCGCGCCGUUGCUAAACAUCGAGACUGGCUGUACCUUCGGCUUUUUUACACCGAGACUUAUAUGGGCUGGAACUCGGAGGAAUGGCCCACGUAUAUACGCAACAUUUUCUUGAUGUACGCGGCCGUUUUGGGAGCCAUGCUCGCCAUUCGACAAGUCUUCCACAUGGCGCAGCCCUCUGCCAAAGAACGAAGCUCCAAAAUUUCGAAACUCCUGAUGGCGAACAUACUCGUCGUAUGGAUGCCCUUGUUUAUCGGGCUAGGGUUUAUGGCUGGUCGGUUAACAGUCAGCCCACUCCCGUUUGGCGUUCAAGAGAUGCCGCGGUACGGUUGUUGUAGCCAGAGCUUAGUUAUACCAAGUCGGCAUCUCACCACACUUGAAGAGAAGCUGAAAGAGGCCCCCUAUGACCUACCCGCCGAUUCUACAAUCGAAAGGAUAGCGGAUAGCCUUGAGCUUGACAAAUGGGCACUUGUGCCAAGUGCUUUUCAGCAUAUUGGAGCAAGGGGAUCGUCAGCUAGAGGAGGCGCCCGUAAGUCGACGUGGAAUUUCAGUUUCGAGAGGCUCUAUUCGGCGUAA